UGCAUGAAAACAAGUGAUAUCAACAUAGAUGUAGUAAUGGACGAGAACCUUAAUCCUUCCAUUGCCCUAUUGGCAGUGAGGGAGUUGGUUCGAAAAAAUGACUUGUACACAGAUGUUUUAGAUGAUCUAACAUCAUCAUUCCCGACAAUGGCCUUCACCCAUGCAAACACCGGCUUGAGGAUGGUGGUGGGCGCAGGCAGCACCUCUCCCAAGCACACCAACCAACUCUUAGCUGACUAUGCUGUGAUCGACCCCAGAGUACUUACCCUGGGAAUUGCGCUCAGAUAUUGGGCAAAGCUCUGCCAGAUGGAUGACCAGUCACGUGGAACUCUCCCACCACAUGUUUUCCCAUUGAUGGUUGUACAUUUUCUUCAGCAACACAACCCUCCAGUCUUGCCAGUUUUACAUAGCUUGCACCCAAAACCUGACGGGGAUGUUUAUUUACGUCCAUCAAAACUUGGUGAUAAGUGGCAGUGCCAAAAUACUCAGAGUGUGGGUAGGCUAUGGCUUGACAUGUUCCGUUUCUAUACCAUUGGCUUCAAGAUGACAGACCUUGUCAUCAAUGUGAGACAGCUGCAGCCCAUGCCCAGAGCAGAGAAAACAUGGAGUAAAAAGAUAACUGUGGAAGCCAGCCUUACGCAGGUAAAUUGA